UUUAAUAAUUUUAAAUUAAAAAUUGACAAGCAACUUGACACAUCGUCGGAAUCAUUGAUAAAUCAUUCAUCGAAAAUUAUUUGUAAUUUUAAUGCAAAUGCAAUUUAUGUGUAUUUUGAAAAUUCAACUUCGACGGGAAAUGCUGGAAAAAUAUUAAAAAAUCUGUCAGAUUGUGGAAGUUCUUAUAUUGUUUUAAGAAACAAAUUCAAAACAAAACCCCUCGAAGCCGUCGACGAUGGCAUCAUAAUGUAUUUAGUUUUAAUGGUCAAAAAUGCCUCCCAACAAAUCGACUUGAGUAUUGUACAAAAAAAAUCAGCUGCCAAACAUCGUUCCUAUUUCAUAGUCAUUGUUGAAGAUAGCACCGAAAUUACCUCAAAAUGGCUAAUCGAUUCGUUUAAGAAAUUUUGGGACAUUUGGGUAUUGAAUGCUGUCAUAUUUUUUUGGAAAAAAAAUUCCAUACAAAUGUAUACAUUCUCACCAUUUACAUCGAAAAAAUUCUUAUGGAAAAUCGAUUCGAAUGCAAGUGGCAAAAAUGAUUUAUUCUUUCGUACAACACCCGAUAUGAAUGGUCGAAAAUUGAAAAUAUGCUUAUAUCCAGAUGAGACAAGGGCAGUUUUUCAACCUUCUGGGGAAAUUCUCGGUCCAGAUGGUCUAAUGUCUGCAUUUGUUGCUGAUCGACUGAAUGCAACAAGAGUUGUCAAAAUGCCCGAUGAGUAUAAAUGGUCUACACCGUAUCAGAGAGAAGGAAAUUAUAAUACAAGUGAUUAUUGUUUAAGUGAAAUUCGUUCAGCAAAAAGCGAUAUGGCUUUGAAUACUCGAUUUCUGUCGUAUGACAAUUUUCAAAAGAAGAUUGAACACACUGUAGUCUAUGAUCGUGAUGAUUUGUGUAUUCUAGUUCCAAAAGCUCAACCGGCUUCACUGUUUUGGAACCUUUUUCGACCAUUCCAGAUUCCAGUUUGGAUUGUCACUUGUUCUAUGCUCCUAGUGACCUACGCCUUCUGUCGAAUUCUUUUACCACAAACAAGUCAUUUGUUCUUGAAGCUUUACUCCACAAUGCUAACUCAUCCACUUAUCGCUACAACUCCAAAGCUGUCAAUGAAGAUCUUCCUGAUAUUUUGGUUUAGCUAUUGUCUUCUCAUAACUGGCGCCUACAAAUGCAAUCUCAUGAGCAACUUGGUCUUUCGAAUUUCGUUGCCAGAAAUCGAUAAUCUUCAAGAACUAGCAAAUUCGCCAUUCCAAUUAUUGAUACAUACCCGGCAUCAAAAAUUUAUUGACAAAUAUGUAAAUUCGUCGCCAGCGUAUGUAAAAGAAAUCAAGCGGAACACCAUUCCGGUGCCAGAUGAUUUCUUCAUGAAGAAGCUGAACACCAACGAUCUUGAUUACGCUUACUUGGAAAAAUUCCAUGUUAUAAAUUUUCGAGUGAAUUCAAGAAAACACUACAAUCGUGGAAGACCGCUUUUCCAUAUUAUGGACGUUUGUCCAAUACCUUUUCAGACUGUCUACAUUGUACCCUAUGGAUCGCCGUAUCUGGGAAUUUUGGAUACAUUAGUUCGACGAGCUCAGGAACAUGGUUUUGUGGAACACUGGACAAAACUUAUGGACACUCAAUUUAAAAGAUCUGGAAAAAGUGUCGUUCGAAAUAGUCAAGACGAUGAUGAUUUGGUGGUCUUGAGACUUGGCCAUCUUCAGGCAGCUUUUUAUAUAUUAAUCAUGGGUUUAAGCUUGGCAACUAUUAUACUAUUUGUGGAGAUUUAUCAAGCUUUUGGGAUUGGAUUGUUUAUAUACCAUCGCAAAGAAUGGCAUGAGGAGCAUUGUAUGGUAACAGGACGUUAUAGAACAGAAAAUGGGGCAUGCAGAGGUUACAUUUAAAAACA